AUGCGUCCACUAAGAAUAAUUCUCUGUGAUACUAAUGAAGUCCUUACAAAACUGUGGAAAACAUAUAUUCCUCGAACAAUAUUAAAAAAUGAUGAUAUCCUGUGUAUACAUCAUGGAUUCUUUGAAUCAUUGGUUGAUUUAAUUAGAAAAGGUAAAGAAAAACAUGCAGGUAAAUCUUACGCAAUAGUGUCCCCUGGUAACUCCUUUGGAUACCUUGGAGGUGGAUUUGAUUUAGCAAUAAAGAAUUAUUUUGGUGGUACAGACUUUGAGAUCUGGUUUAGAAGACAACUAGGUAAUAGAUACCAUACAGUUGGUUCAGCUACUGUGAUAGACCUCUCUAAAUGUAAUUUAGAGAUUACUAAAAGAUGUAGAGAUGGUAUGAAAUAUAUUAUUCAUUGUCCAACUAUGGUGACACCAGGAAAAUCCAUAUUUGAUGAAAAACAUCCUAUAGAGACAGGAUAUAUACCCGUAUUUAACGUGAUUUGGAAUGCCUUAAUGCAUGCACCUUCAGAUAUUGAUGGAUUGAUUAUUCCUGGGUUAUGCACUGGGUAUGCUGGUGUACCCCCAGAAAUAAGUGGGAAAUCAAUGGCUUUUGCAUUAAGAUUGUAUAUGCUAAGUAGCAUUAUUUCAAAGGAAUUAAGAAAUGUGCUUAUUAUGUACUAUUUUGGAUGUCCAUAUGAACCAUUUUUUUUACAGAGUUAUCAAGAGGAAUGUAAACAAUUAGGGCUUAAUGUUAAAUCUAUAAAAAAUUUUGAUAUUAAAACAGAUCCCUUAGAACAUAUCUUACCAAUGGAACUUGAACACAAUUAG